UAUAAAAGCCGGUGCCGUUGGGAAGUCUGCUUGAGAUACAAGAUACAAUUGACGCGGUCGAGAUACAUGGAUAUUCAGUUAGCUCGCUGUUAACUGUCGGCUGCUUGAAAAAAUCAAAAAAAGAAAAAACGACGACGUGUGUGUGGGUGCAACAGCAGAAAGAUACAAGAUACAGAAACCAGAAAAUACAUCAAAUAAAAUAAUACAUCUCGGAAUAAAUAUUUCGAAAAUGAUUUUUCGAGUUAGCAGUGAAAUUGAGAUCGAGUUCCGAACCUGUGAGAAAAGUGGCAAAGUGAAAGAACAACAACAUUUGGAUUAAAGUCGGCGGAUAAAAUAAAAGCACAACAGCACAAGUAUUUUGGAUAAUAUAGAAGAGGCCUCAGAGGAGGAGAAGCAGCCGCCCAAGCAAGAAAACCCCAAGAAUUUUCUUCUUCGGCGCCACAAGUGAAAAGGAAACACACGAAAAGUGAAAACCAAGAUGGAAAAGCCAACAGCGAAUGUAAACGAAACUAAAGUGCAGAUGGAGAUGGAGAUGGAGAUGGAGAUGGAGAAGGAGGAGAAGGAGCCAGUUGAGGCUACUCCUGACUCUCCCCAUCGGAAAGAGACCAUCAUUGACAUUCCACCCGUGUGCUCCACCGCGAAUUCCUCGUCCUAUGACACGGACUGCAGCACGGCCAGCAGUACCUGCUGCACCCGCCAGGGCGAGCACAUCUACAUGCAGCGCGAUCCGGGUCAUGUCCCAGUCACACCUCUACCGGAGGCGUGUGGCGAGGAUCUGGAUAUGCUGAAGUACGAACAGCGCCGGCACUGGCCCUGGUUCAUCCUGGUGAUCUCCAUCAUUGAGAUUGCAAUCUUCGCCUACGACCGCUACACCAUGCCCGCCCAGAACUUCGGGCUACCAGUUCCAAUUCCAUCCGACUCGGUGCUGGUCUAUCGGCCGGACAGGAGGCUACAGGUGUGGCGAUUCUUCAGCUAUAUGUUCCUGCACGCCAACUGGUUCCACCUGGGCUUCAACAUCGUCAUCCAGCUGUUCUUCGGCAUUCCCCUGGAGGUGAUGCACGGCACGGCCAGGAUCGGUGUCAUCUAUAUGGCGGGCGUGUUUGCCGGAUCACUGGGCACCAGUGUGGUGGACUCGGAGGUGUUCCUGGUGGGAGCUAGCGGUGGUGUAUACGCCCUGUUGGCCGCUCACUUGGCCAACAUCACCCUCAACUAUGCGCACAUGAAGAGCGCCUCCACGCAGCUGGGAUCAGUGGUUAUCUUUGUCUCCUGCGAUUUGGGAUAUGCUCUGUAUACCCAGUACUUCGAUGGUGGGGCCUUCGUCAAGGGUCCACAGGUGUCGUACAUUGCCCACCUCACAGGAGCCCUGGCAGGACUCACGAUCGGCUUCCUGGUGCUGAAGAACUUCGGGCACCGGGAGUACGAACAGCUCAUCUGGUGGCUGGCACUGGGCGUCUACUGUGCCUUCACCGUCUUCGCCAUCGUCUUCAAUCUGAUCAACACGGUUACGGCCCAGUUGAUGGAGGAGCAGGGCGAGGAGAUCACCCAGCACUUGCUGCACGAUCUGGGUGUGUCAUAAAUGCAUUCAGGAUCCAGGUCCAAAGGAUACAGGAGAGAUUGAGAGACAAAAGAAAAAAAAAAAAGAGAGAGUUCGUGGCGAAGGCGAAAAGAAAAGUUCACUCUGCGAUUUAGUUAAAAACUAAAUUGGAAUUAAUUGGCUUUUGCUUUUCGGUUAGCAUUACCGUUAUCGUUACCGUUACCGUUUGCAGUUACCGUUAACCGUUUCAGUUCCGAAUACACAAACUCAAAAAGCAAAAACCCUAAAACCUAAAACCUAAAAAAUAAAACUCAAAUAACAACACUGAAAAAUAAACUAUAAACCGAAGCCGAAACGUGUAAACAAAUGUUGUGAUAGAACCAAAGACUGAAUUUAUUUCGCGUGUAAAAAACCAAUUAAAAGAUUGAGGAAAGGAAUCAAGAAACAGAUUUGCAAAAAAAAAAAAAGAAAGAAGGAGGAUCCCGAAUACUAAUCGCCUCUCACUAUAAUUUGAAUUAAGCAAUUCGUUUAUAUUGUUUCGCCUGUUUUCUUAAAAACAUAUAAGUACAUAUAUUUAUUGGCCGCAAUUAACUCUGAACUGUAUGAAAUUGUUUAUACAUCCAUAACUCGAACUAUGUACGUAGUCUUAGCGAUAAAUAUCUGUAUCUGUAGAUAUAACUAGCUCCCUAACAAAUUGUUUCAAAUUGUAAAUACUAUUAAGUCGCACACUAGUCAGCAAACAAAACAAAAACAAAAAAAAAGGAAAAACUAAAAAACAAAGGCAAGGGCAUUAAAUCCGAUGGAAAACCACAGCAAAGAACCAUUCAAUUCAGAUCAAUUAAGCAAAUCGAAUUAAAUUAAAUUAAAGUCACUUAAUGCGUUACAAAAUCGAGCAAAUAUUUAUCCCAGAAACAAACCACACUCGUACACACAAAAAGUAUUACUAAUUAUAUUUAUUUAUUGUAGGGCAUAUGCGAGGGUUUAUUAAUUUGUCAAUCGAGCCAACUAUUUAUUUAUUUAUUUAAUAAUUUAGUGAAAUUCACACAAAAAAUCAAGCACGAAAAAAACAAGGGAAAGUGUAAGAGGAGUUACAAAAAAAUAAAAGCAAACAAA